GAAAGAGGGGAGGGAAUGAAGAAGCCAGAGAGUGGCUUCCCUCAUUGGUGAAAAAACAUAAAAAAAAGGGCAAAGCUUUCUCAGCAACCCACCUCCCACACAGUCGAAGAAGAAGACACGACACGGUGGCGCCUACUCGCCGGCGAAUCAGACAGGGCAGAACCCUCGAAAUUCCCAUUCCUUACUGACAAUUCUCCAGGUUUCCCCACUUUUUUGUUUCUUUGUUUCUUUCUUUCUUUCUUUCUUUCUCAUUGAAGAAGACAUUUUUGAAAAAAAAUAAUGGGAAGGGUCGUUCGUUCCUUUUGACACUGGUAUAUAUACAGCCGCCUCUCUAUCGUCUCACAAAAUGAAAUUGUGAAAAUGGGUAUAGAAAUUUGGGAGUUCUGGCGUAAAUCUGAAUUGUCCGAAUCAGGUUUCUGAGGGAAUUUAAGUUUGUAAAUGAGAGGUAAGGGUAACCAGAAUCAUCUAGAGAAAGACGAGUACAAGGAUGAGGACUUGGUGGCGGCCGGUUCCAGAAAAGAUGGACCUUCGUCCAAUAUCUCUACUACUAACAGCAACACAACUAGCAAUAACAGAGAUGGGAAGAACAGUGACAAGGUUAGUGCCAUGAGAUCGAAACAUUCUGUUACCGAGCAGCGACGGAGGAGUAAGAUCAACGAAAGAUUUCAUAUACUUAGGAAACUUAUUCCUCAAUGUGAUCAGAAGAGAGAUACAACAUCCUUUCUAUCAGAGGUAACGUUUAACAAGGCUAAAAUCAAUGUACAGGUGAUUGAAUAUGUCCGGUACUUGCAAGAAAAGGUGCAAAAGCAUGAAGGUAACAACCAGGGGUGGAGUACUGAACCAACAAAGUUGAUGCCAUGGAAUACUCCUGCGGAACCUGACCCUUCACAAGAUGCCGCAUGCAACAAAGUCGUGGAUCAGCAACAACCUGACAUAGCAAACAAGGGUUUCCCUCCUCCCAUCAGGCGUUUACAUACAACCAUGCCUCUCCAACAAUCGUAUUCAGAUCCGCAAUCAUCUGAGUAUCCUGUGAGUGGUGAUUCACUGAACCAAGCGGAGGAACUGAGUAUAGAAGGAGGCACAAUCAGCAUCUCUAGUGCCUACACUGAAGGGUUGUUGAAUGCCUUGACACAAGCACUACAAACUGCACGAAUAGAUCUCUCACAAGCAAACAUGUCAGUGCAAAUUGAUCUUGGGAAACGAAACAACAUAGGGUUGGCUUCUGGAACAUCAGCUAAUAAGGAUAUUCAGAACCCUGCUGCUAACCAUCAAACGACAAUUCAUCUGAGAGAUGUAACUGGUGCAAGAGAGUCUGGCCACGUCCAGAAGCGCUUGAAGACUUAGUCUUUGCUCUGGUCGUUUGAGUUUCUUCUAGGGUCCUUUUUCUGGGCUUUGUAAAUGGUUCUUUUCAUUUAUUGGUUCUACUGGCCACUUGAAUCAAUGGUUAUUCAUUCUAAGACCUCUGAGGUUAUAUAAAUAUAUGUUUGCUUAACUCGCUCCAGCUUCACUUCCCAAUCUUGUACUGAUCAAUCAAGCUCAACAGAAGCUUUCUGUCAAUUGACUCGAUUCUAAUGGUUCUUCUGAAUCCCAGAUACUUUUUUCCGAAGAGCAACCAACCCAAGAGAUUCAGACCAUUAGGAAAGGAAACAGAAG